UCCCCGGAAGUGAUCCACGCGGCUAGGAGGCGCACCGGCUCCUCGGCACGAAACAUCGCACUACUAUGGCGUCGCUCUGAGUCCCAUCACACGGUAGUUGUGUACAUACCUUACCGGCAAUCCGUCACCAUCGACGCCUUGAUGAUGGACCUCCGGUCCAGAGGCUUUUUUCGGGGCCAUCGGAACUACCAAUAGUACUCGUAAAGUACGAAAUUAUUUGAUUUGAGCAUUGUCACUUUUGCACUUUUAAUCAAGUGACAGAAGUAGCUCUCACCCGUUUGCCGGCUAGCUAACCAGCUAGCCCAGUAGCCAAGAAGGGCAUCUGUUUUCUCUUGGAGUAAAAGAGCAGACCAGUGACAAUACGUUCACAAAGAGAGUACAAGCGAGGAGUGGAUUCCCCGAUUUACCAUCUCACAGCAUCGUCACAUUUUAUCCCGUCUGGCACCACAUCGCCAGCCUAAUGCAGAACCAGAAAAGAACGUGAAAUGAAUAAACCACCGCAGCCUAUAACGGGACCCACCACUGUCCCAAAUCCUGCCCCCUCCCCUGGAUUGACACAGGCCGCCUACGGACCUGGACAGGCAGCAUCACUUGUUUUUGCCACACCGCCACCCCCACAAAUGAACUCUGCGGCGCAGCCAAGACAGUUUGCAGCAGGGCCCCGUACGUUACACCAGCAGGGUGGAUACCGAGCGCUACAGGGAUACUAUCCAAACCGUCCAGCUAUGGCCACAAGUGCACCGAGGGUCCAAACAAGUAGUGGCCCUCGAACUGUCGGACCCACUCAUGUUUAUCAGCCAGGUUCCCAGAUGAUGAUGAUUUCCCAGCAGCAGCUCUCUUUCCCUGGAUCCCCGCAGGGGUACUUCAUUCCCCCAGGACAGUACCGGGCCCCCUACAUGCCACCGACUCAGCAGUAUCCUGUGACCAGUGGUACUGCAGGCUUCUACGCAGGAACGAGCCCCGCUGAAUACCCUGGCUAUGCAGGAGCAUACUACCCGGCUCAGCCACAGUACACCCCAUCUGUCCAGCCUGCACCGGUCAUGAUCAACCCUGCCCAGCAACAGCAACAAGCCCCCCCUCCACAGCAACCACCAGCACAACCACCAGGCCCACCAAAGAGGGAACGUAAACCGGUAGUGUGUCACAACAACAGGGCAGCGGACCUCUCGUCUGAGAUCAGAAUACGAGACCCCAACCAGGGCGGACGCGAUAUCACGGAAGAGAUUAUGUCAGGUGGAAGGUCCACCUCAACACCAACUCCCCCACAGGCCAUCACAGAUGGUGGACCAGCACAGACUAACGGUGAAGUUCUUCAGCCUGUAACACCAGUCACAACACAAGAUGACAACACAGAGCAUCUGGCCAGCGUUGAAACCCCGCCUCCUCCUGCCACAGCAACCUCUGAACCUGUGUUUGAGGCCAGACAGGAUGUUGAUGGCCAGAAUGUCCCACCCAUGGAAUUGGACACACCUUCUGCAGCCCCUAACCUGGCUUCUGACACGCCAAUCCAACUGGUGGAGGAGCAGCCAUCUCCCACUUUCCUUUCUCCAGCUGACACAUCCACGUCUGCAGUAGAAGUUGAUAAAGUCGACACUAACGUUGGUGACAAAGUAGACGCUCCUGUCUGUCCGUCACCUUCGACUACACAUGAGGAGGAACUGCAGGAUGCCCCUGCUCCAUGUGAAAAGGCACCAGAGAACCAAAAACUCGAGGAAAUGAAGGAAGUGGAAGAAGAGAAAGAGCAGACAGUGUGUGCGACAUUAGAACCUGUUGUUGAAGGCACCGCAGCAACAACAGAAGCAGUAGUAACACUUGUUGAUACGGUAAUAGAGGAAAUGCCUACCAAAAUCACAACUGAAGCAUCUCAGCCUCCAGUCUUGUUGCAAGAGGCUACUGCAACACUGACCCAGAUUGCUGCUCCUGAACCAGAACCUAAACCUGAACUUACACCAGCAGAACCAGCAGAUCCUCCACUCUCAAAUGGCCUUCCUCAGGAUGUUGAGGAACUUGGUGAGGACAUGACGUUCUCAGACACUAAACCCUGCGACAAACUAGACGCUUCUCAAUCUCAGGAAUCCAUACCUUCGGCUAAAACUGCAGUGCCGGUAGAAAAGGAGGAAGAAGAGGUGGUAGAAAAUAAUAAGGAUGAGGGGAAGGCUGCAAAAAGUGAGGAUGUCCCUCCUUUCUCUGUAAGCUGUCCUACAGAGGAAUCUGCUAUGCAAGCUGCUACAUCUGUGCCAAAGAAGAGGAGGAACAUGAAGGAAAUCAACAAAAAGGAGGCCAUUGGAGAUCUCCUGGAUGCCUUCACAGAGGACCAAGAUGCCAAGCCUGCCUCUGAGCCCCCAUCCACUCAGGCCGACCCUGUCCCUGUUGCUUCAGCUGAACCUCCUGCAGAGGUGGCAGAUGAGACAUGGGAGGAGAAAGAAGACAAGCAGAACGCAGAACCUGACAGGCCAGAACCCAAAUCUGAUUCCAAUGAGAAUAAAUACCAGUACAAAGAAGAACAAUGGAAGCCACUAAACCCAGAAGAGAAAAAGUGCUAUGACCGGGACUUCCUACUGCGUUUCCAGUUCAGCAAUGCCAGUAUGCACAAACCAGAGGGACUGCCUGUCAUCAGUGAUGUGGUUCUGGACAAGGUGAACAAGACUCCACUGCGACCGGCUGACCCAGUUCGAAUGAUGAGUGUUGGCCCUGAUUUUACACCGUCAUAUCUGGGGAACCUGGGGAGCAGAUCAGUGGGGGGGCCGCGUGGACCACCCCUCGGGCCACGGCGUUCGCAGCAGGGUCAGCGUAAAGAACCCCGUAAAAUCACCAGCAUGUCGCUUAAUGACGACGUGCAGCUCAACAAGGCUGAGAAAGCCUGGAAGCCCUCUGGCAAAAAGUCUAGUAGGGGCCGCAGCGAUGACGACCCUGCUGCAGCCACCACAGAGGAAGAGACUCCUGAGCAAGUCGAAACGCAAGAACUCUUGAAACGUCUGCGCAGUAUCCUCAACAAACUGACUCCACAGAAGUUUCAGGAACUGUUGAAACAAGUGAGGGAGUUGACAAUUGACUCUGAGGAGAGGCUGAAGGGAGCCAUUGACCUCAUCUUUGAGAAAGCCAUCUCAGAGCCAAGCUUCUCUGUGGCCUAUGCCAACAUGUGCCGCCACCUUUCAGGGUUGAAAGUCCCUAUCUCAGACAAGCCAGGCUGUAUUGUGACCUUCCGCAAACUGCUGCUCAACCGCUGCCAGAAAGAGUUUGAGAAAGAUCAGGAUGAUGACGAAUUCUUGGACAAAAAGCAUAAGGAGAUGGAGGCUGCCAAAGAUGAGGAAGAGCGUGAACGCCUGCGUGUGGAGUGGGUAGACGCCAGAGACAAGGCCCGACGGCGCUCGCUGGGUAACAUCAAGUUCAUUGGGGAGCUCUUCAAGCUGAAUAUGCUGACUGAGGCCAUCAUGCACGACUGUGUUGUGAAACUACUGAAAAAUCAUGAUGAAGAGUCUCUGGAGUGUCUCUGCAGGCUGCUCUCCACCAUUGGCAAGGACUUGGACUUUGAGAAAGCCAAGCCUCGCAUGGAUCAGUAUUUUAAUCAAAUGGAUAAAAUUAUCAAAGAGAGAAAGACUUCAUCCAGAAUCCGCUUCAUGCUGCAAGACGUCUUGGACCUCAAAAAGAGUAACUGGGUGCCUCGUAGAGGAGACCAGGGUCCCAAAACCAUCGACCAGAUCCACAAGGACGCAGAAAUGGAAGAGCACAGGGAACAGAUCAAAGUCCAGCAGCAGCUCAUGUCCAAAAAGGAGGCGGGAGGUGGCAGGAUGGGUAGUGGCAUUGGCGGUCGAGGCCCCCACACACCAGGAGGUGGCCGGGGCAGCCAGCCCCAGGAUGGGGGCUGGAGCACAGUGCCCAUCACCAAAAGUCGCCCUAUUGACACAAAUCGCCUCAAGCUCACAAAGGCUGAUGCUACGGAUCUCAACAAUCAACGACUGGCUCCACUUGGUAAAAGCACAUGGGGGAGCUGGGGCAAAGGGAGCAGUGGAGGAACAGGAGCCAAACCAAGUGCAGACCAGGACUCUGGUCGCCCAGCUACCAGCACUGUCAACCGAUACUUUGCCUUGCAGCAGUCCAGCUCAUUGUCAUCAGACUCUGAUCGAAGAGUUCCUCAGAGGUCCAGCUCUAGCCGUGAGCGAGGUGGUGACAGAGACGGAGCAGACCGUGACAGGGAUCGUUUUGACCGCUUUGAUCGUGACGACAGAAGCAAUCGGAGCCAAAUUACCAAGAGGAGCUUCAGCAGAGAAACAAGGGAGCGCGGCGGUAGGGGCGGGGACAAUCGGGGCUCCAACGAGCCUGUGCGCCGUGUGGCCAGCAUGACCGACGAUCGGGAUCGGGGCAGCAGAGACAGGGGAAGUCGGGACAGAGGUCCAAGCAAAGACCUCCCAGUGAAGCGUGAGAGUGCGGCUACACCGCCUCCUCUCCCUAAACCCGCUUUGACGGAAGAGGAGGUGGAGAAGAUGUCCGCUGCCAUCAUUGAAGAGUACCUCCACAUCAAUGAUUUGAAGGAGGCGCUCCAGUGCGUGGCUGAGCUCAACAGUACCGCCUUGCUCUUUGUGUUUGUGCGGAAGGGUGUGGAGUCGACACUCGAGCGCAGCACAAGUGCGCGGGAACACAUGGGCACAUUGUUGCACAGUCUCGUGAAGGCUGGGAGUUUACCCGCUGUGCAAUAUUUCAAAGGGCUUUUCGAGAUCCUUGAGAUUGCCGAAGACAUGGCCAUUGAUAUACCUCACAUCUGGCUGUACUUGGCUGAACUCAUCACCCCUAUGCUCCUUGAGGGCGGCAUCCCUAUGGGGCAGCUCUUCAGGGAGAUCGCCAAGCCUCUUGUGCCUCUGGGCCAGGCCGGCGUGCUACUUGUUCACAUUCUCCACAUGCACUGCAAAGGAAUGACUCGAAGUAAGGUCGGCACCAUGUGGAAAGAGGCAGGGCUUAAUUGGAGCGACUUCCUGUCCAAGAAUGAGGACGUCAACAAGUUUGUCACUGAGCAGAAAGUGGAGUUCACAACUGGAGAGGAGGAGGAAAAGGAGUCCAAAGAGAGCACUAAGAAGUUGCUGAGUGGGGAGGAGCUCAGACAAGAGCUGGACCGCCUCCUUCGCGAAAAGGCCAACCAUCAGCGCAUCAGAGACUGGGUGGAGGCCAAUCUCGACGAGCAACAGAGAUCCUCCAACCUGUUUGUGCGUGCACUGAUGACAACCGUGUGCCAAUCAGCCAUCACAGGUGACCCGUACAAGGUGGACGUACGGCAGAUCAACGAGCAAGCCAGUCUGCUGCGGGACUACCUGUGUGACGAGGAGAAAGAGCUGCAGGCGCUUUACGCAUUGCAGGCUCUCAUGGUUGACAUGGAGCAGCCUCCAAACUUGCUGCGCAUGUUCUUUGAUGCGCUGUAUGAUGAUGAUGUCAUCAAAGAGGAGGCCUUUUGCAAGUGGGAAUCGAGCAAAGAUUCUGCAGAGCAAUUGGGAAAAGGCGUGGCCUUGAAGUCCGUCACCACCUUCUUCAUUUGGCUCCGCAACGCAGAGGAAGAGUCUGACAAGGACUGAAAAGUUUAGAGCUUGGACGCUGCUGCCCCCGGUUGGAAGGGUGGGGGUAGUGUGGACAAAUAUUGCCAGAGAGGCAGACUCAAAUCAGUCCUCAGUGAGGAUAAAUAUCUUUGUUUUGUUUCUUUGAGGGAUGGACUCAAAACAAUCAAUUCUCUCCUAUCCUCCCUCUCUGACUUCCUCAUUGUUCCCCACUUGCUUUCCACAGCAAGUGUCCUCAUGUAAUAAACUUGAAAAGUAAUUUA